AUGGCGUCUGGGCGAUUACAGGGCAAAGACGUUCUCGUCACUGCUGCAGCGCAGGGAAUCGGCCGUGCUGUAACUGAAGCAUUUUCCCAAGAAGGAGCCAAUGUAAUUGCUACAGAUAUAAACGGCGAUAAACUGGCCGAGCUAAACGGAGUCAGAGGAGUGCGAACGAAAGUUCUUGACGUGACAGACUACGAUGCUGUAAAGGCUUUUGCCAAAGAAGUCACGAAGCUGGACGUGCUUUUUAACAAUGCAGGGAUGGUCCAUAAUGGUUCUAUUUUGGAAUGCGAGGAGAAAGGUGAUUAUUGUCCAUUCUGUCUAUUGAAUGUGUCCUUUUAGUAGUCUCGUUACAGCUGUCGGACAUGUAGGCGACCACCUACCCUAGUUGUUAAAAACGUUGGUCAUUUUAAGGCGAAAUAAUUUAUAAGCUUACAUGUCAACUUUACGUCUACAUCUAUUUUGCUGGUGUUCUCAGACCAAAAAGAGAGGCAAAUUAAUCUGGCGUUCUGGUACCUUUUUUUGUUUUUUUGUUAUCCGUGGCUGAAGUCCACUCCAUUGGGAGACAGUGGGGGAUUGUUUCAAUCGGUGUUGUCCCACGGGGGAUGGGGGUGGAACAGUUUGGAAAUCCCCUAUUCUGUAAGCCCCCCGGCGCGGGGAGUUUAUUUAUUUCAAAUACACUUGAGGAGGCAGGAGGCCUUAUUAGAGACAGGCGGCUAAUUUGAAAGGGGAAAUUUAUCUAAUUAAUUAUUAGCAAAGACAAUGGUAUCAGUUCUCCCUAAAAAACUACUGUAGAGUGCAAAGUGGAAAAGUUCUAAUCUAGUACAAGACGUUGGAGGUCAUGCAGCCCAGGAUCAAAAGCAAAUCCAAACUUCCAGCUGGUGAAAAAACCAUCCUGGAUCAGUCCACACAAAGUUUUACAGUCAUGAUUGAUUGAUACAGUCUAUAAUGUAUUAGUGUGUAUAUAUUAAUAAGGAGGGGAUGGGGGGAUUAUUAACUGUCUUCCCCUAGAGAGGGACCUAGCUUAUUUGAGAGUAGGGGUUGUCAAAAGUAGCCAGCUGCCAACAAAAAUUGCCACCUACUUGGUUAGUAUUGGCUGACUACUCUGCUUGGCACUUCUUUACAUUAUGACCUUUUUAAAUAAAAUAUUCCUGGACUGGCCACUUACUUUGACAAUUCAGCAGUCUACUUCAAAACUUUCUGACAACCCUGGGCUUAAUAGAGGAUUUACGGUAUACCAGUAUCUCUGCAGGCAUUCUUGCAUAAAUUAACUUCUCAAAAAAAUUAAUGGCCUAGUCUCAGCCAGGUUAGAAACAUGCACACUAUAAUUUUGUUGAGAAAAUCAUAAUUUGCGCUUAUUGUUGUGUUGUAGACUGGGACAUGUCAUUUGAUCUCAACGUGAAGAGUAUGUAUCGCUUAAUCAAACAGUUUCUGCCCAUGAUGUUAUCACAAGGUGGAGGAGUGAUUAUAAACAUGGCAUCGGUGGCUUCUAGCCUCAAGGGGGUACCAAAUCGUUUUGUUUACAGCGCCACAAAGGGAGCUGUCAUUGGUUUGACAAAGGCCCUUGCCUCUGACUUUGCAACAAAAGGCAUCCGCUGCCACACCAUCUGUCCAGGCACAGUAGACACCCCGUCUUGGAGAGCACGAGUAAAUAGCCAACCAGAUCCUGAAGAAGCUAUGAAAAAAUUUCUGGCUCGGCAAAAAAUGGGGAGAGUUGGAAGGGCUGAAGAAAUUGCAAAGCUAGCAGUUUAUCUAGCCUCUGACGAGGCAAGUUAUAUGACAGGGUGUGAGUAUAUCAUUGAUGGUGGAUGGAUGUUGAGUUAGCUUAGAACCUUACCCAUGUUUUCUAUUUCUCUAGUACAUAGAGUACUAAAUUUAAAAAUCCACAAACCUUGAAACCAAUUUACUCAUAAAUAAUAAUAUGUUGUUUUCAUUUUGUAUGGGUUGAUCAACAGGUUUUAAUACAAACAUAACUGAUUUUUUAAUACAAACAUAACUGCUUUUUAGACAUAUCUUGAACAACAUUUAUAAAUGAAUAUGCAGUGUUUUUUGCCAAAAAAAUUACCUUCUCCAACUAUUGUUGAUGAAAACCAAAAGCUGUGAGAAUCAAAACCCAACUUCAAAAUAAAGUUGACUUUACAAACUUAUGUCAAACCCUAUUUUUUGGUGUUUGAGGAGGGGGACAUUGGAGGGUACCCAAUACUGCAAUACCGUAAGAAAAAUUGGCAAAUUUAUACCAAAAUACUGGGUCAAAAAUCAACAAAACACUGAUAUUGCAUUUAUGAUCAGUCAGGCUUUCUUACACGUAAAGUUGUAAUCAUCUCGCAUGUUUCUUUAUUGCAAGCAUGUACUUGUAUGCACCAGCAAUCAGCCUCAGCCAUUGUGAGAAAAUGUGAGAAGACCUGGAAUUGAUUGGUAUAUGUACAACCAUCUAAAAGCCCGGUCAAAUAUUUCAUCAUGGAUUAACUGUCAGAAAUUGUGUAAUCAUUUACCGCGAAGCAUGAAGUCUUAAAAAUAUUGACCUGUGUAAGCGCAAACAGGGACCACGCAGGGGGUGGGGCUGGGGGAGCUUUAUCGCUUUUUUUAAAAAAUAUAUUUAUUGAUAAUCAC